ACUCCCCCAGUCCCCACUCUUAUCCCCUUGGCUUCAUCCGCAGCGGGAGCCGCCCUCCUCCUCGGCUCCUCGCCCGCCCCGCACGCUCGCCCACCAUGCUGCUCCACCUCGUCACCUCCUCCUCCCCCCUAACCCCGGCACGCCCCUCGCCGCAGCGGCGUACGUGUGUCUCUGCGGCGGCGGUUGCAGUGACUGUGAGGUGCGCGGCCUCCUCCUCCUCGAGCACCCCGUCGUCGUCUUCAUCGGAGGCUGCUGCUGCUGCCGGGCAGCGGGUGGCGAAGGUGCACAGCUAUGGGGCGGUGGAUUACGAGCGUCGACCUCCACUGCGUUGGAGCACCCUGUACCGGCGCAUAGCUGUGGGGCACGGUGGGCGGCCCGUGGGGCGCACGCUGGGGGCCUGGGACGAGGGGGAGCGCCGCCUCGACAAAUGGGAGCUCUGCCGCAUCGCCAAGGAGCUCCGAAAGUUUAGGAGGUUCAACCUCGCGCUCCAGGUUUACGAUUGGAUGACAGAGCGCAGAGAUAGAUUUUCUCUCUCAUCAAGUGACAUGGCAAUCCAGUUGGAUCUGAUUGCUAAAGUACGCGGUGUUUCACAUGCUGAGAAAUACUUUGAUGAGCUCCCUGAUGCCAUGAAGGACAAGCGGACAUAUGGUUCCCUUCUCAAUGUUUACGCCCAAGCUAUGAUGAAAGAGAAAACAGAAGACACAUUUGAGCAAAUGAGGAAAAAAGGAUUUGCAUCUGAUACAUUACCUUGUAAUGUGUUGAUGAAUUUCUAUGUGGAUUCUGGGGAACCUAAUGAAGUGUUGGCAAUUAUUGAUGAGAUGAAGGAAAGAAAUGUUUCCUUUGAUGUCUGCACUUACAACAUUUGGAUAAAGAGUUGCGCGGCUAAACAAGAUGCUGAAGAAAUGGAGCGAGUCUUUAGCCAGAUGAUUGCUGAUGAGUCUGUUGUUGCCAAUUGGACUACUUAUACCACUCUGGCUAGCAUGUAUAUUAAGCUAGGAAACUCUGAGAAGGCAGAAGAAUGCUUGAAAGAUGCUGAAAAGAGAACAACAGGCCGGGAGAAAAAGUGUUUUCACUAUCUCAUGACACUAUAUAGCCAUCUUGGCAAGAAGGAAGAAGUUUACCGUAUUUGGAACUGGUAUAAGGCAACUUUCCCUAUGAUUCAUAACCUGGGUUACCAGGAGUUACUGUCUGCUCUUGUAAGGAUAGGAGAUAUCGAGGGAGCUGAGCUUCUAUAUGAGGAAUGGGCAUCCAAAAGCUCUAGUUUCGAUCCUAAGACCAUGAACAUUUUAUUAGCAUGGUAUGCUAAAGAAGGUUUGAUUACAAAGGCUGAGCAAACUCUGAAUCGAUUUGUUGAGAAAGGUGGAAAUCCCAAGCCAAACACCUGGGAAAUCCUUGCCACAGCCUACAUGAAGGAUGAUAAAAUAUCUGAAGCUCUGUCAUGUAUGGAAAAAGCCACAGCAAUUAAAAGUGCAAAUAAAUGGAAACCAAGACCCACCAAUGUUGAGAGUCUCCUGGCAAGUUUUAAGGAGAAGAAUGACGCAGAAGGUGCAGACAGGUUAGUGAGUGUACUUACAAGUAGAGGAUGUGCUGAGGAUGAAGAAUACAAGUCACUGAUUAACACCUAUGCUUUUGCGGGCACAUAGCAUGGAAAGCGUAAUCGUAUCAUUGAAUCAUUGAUAUGAUGAGUAUGACACAUUGAACAAUCACAUUACUUCACACCAUGAGAACCUAAUGCCCACAUGAGUUCAUCUGGUACAGUUACAUCCAUCAGACGAUCAGUUGCCCCCAUAGACGAAAUCAGAAAAAUGAGGUACAUAGAUCUUUCCGAUCACUUGGCUUAGAUAGAAAUCCUCAAAAUGUUUCUUAAAAAAAAUCCUCAAAAUGUCAACAAGAGGACACUUUGAUGGCUUCUUUGUACUUCUGAGUGUAUAUUUACAUUAUUUUUGAGGAUUAAUCAAGCCUUCUCAGUGCAAGUAGUUAUUUAUCAGCAACUGGUUUAGUUUGUUUACUUUCUGUCCAGAAAUUGUUUCAGUUUCUUAAUUUGUACAUAAACUAGAUUCGAUUGCUUUGCUUGAUUACCUUUGAAGUCAAUCGAAGGACACGAAGCUUUUUUC